ACCUCCUACGUCCUAGCGCACUUGAAGCCGGAUGGCGACAGAGCACAACCCUAUCGCAGCAGUGGGUCAGCUGUUCCAAGGUGCAUUACGCGCCGCGCAGCAGCAUCCAUUUGCCCAGAAUGCUUCAAAGGCUUUGAAGAGCUUCCAAGAAAAGCAAGCGGAGCGUAGAAGCGAUGCCCGGCUGCCCCCUCGCAUCGUGGUGCUCCCACGCCACGCGCCGGUGGCCGCCAUCAUCCCCGGCGACUCCACUGCUGAGCUGGUGCUCACCAACGGCCUCAACAACUUCCUCAACCUGUACAACACGGCCCUCAUCAUCCGGCUGGUGCUCACCUGGUUCCCCAACCCACCGGCAGCCAUCGUGAACCCCCUCGCUACCGUGUGCGACCCCUACCUCAACCUCUUCCGCGGCCUCAUCCCGCCGCUGGGAGGCACGCUGGACUUCAGCCCCAUCCUGGCGUUCGUGGUGCUCAACCUCUUCACCAACACGGCGGCCGCGCUGCCAUGCGAGAUCCGCGGCAGGACCCACCCCGCCUCCGCCGCUGCCCCGCUGGCGCCCUCCCCCCUGGAGCGGGAGGUGGCCCGCUGGUGGCCGCUGAGCCGGGGGGAGGCGCUGUUCCGCAGGCGGGUGGCGGCGCAGCGGGCGGCGCGGGAGGCGGGCAGCAGGAGGCAGGAGUGAGGGGGGAGGGGUGCGGGAGAGCAGUGAGGUAGCGGUCAGGCAGCGGUGUGGCUAAGAGGGGUCGGCAGCGGAGCCACCUAGGUGGCAGUGCGCGCGCAGCGUCAGGUGGUUUCAGCAAGAUGAGCAGCUGGGAGUGCGGUGGUGGGAUUGGAGGGGUCUGUCCUGUGGGGCAGUGCACUGCAGCAUGGCGGCUGCGGCUGCUAGCAGAUGCGGCGUUGCAUUUCAUGGCGUGCUGGGGAUUGGGGUGUGCGUCGUAGCCGUGCCGGUUUUGCAUGGGCUGGUUGCGACAUGCCAUUUUUGACGAAGUUCCUUCGUUUCGUUUGCAUAUCGCUUCGUGCGCAGUUGACGAUAAGCGCGCUUGGACCCAUGGUCCUGGUGGGUGGGGAGCCGCCCUGGGAAGUGAAGGAACAGCUGCCGUGUGACGACAUAUGCCUCCUUCCCGAGACCUCGCCGCGUCGGCGCUUACGGCUGGUGUAGAUGACAAUCCAUGACAUGCUGCAACGGAUUUGCAGACCCUGGACUGCAAUAUACAUAUUUCAUAAUAUACAGGAAGCGUAGGGCCUUAUCCUUUAGGCCUGCUACGGUAUCUCCAGUAUUACCCUAGGAAUACAGGCGAGCAGCACAACUCACGAAUGACACGCCUUCGGGCCGCCUCAACACCGACGGCAUCAUCGCCACCACGCAACGGCUCAACUCGCGAUCAGCCAUCCUGCGCUCACGGCCCUCCGCGCCUAGCAAUGGCCUUCGCGGCUGUCGGAGACACACGUCGAGAGACACGCGACCCAACUGACACUGUUGGUGCAGACAGGGAAACAGGAGCAAGUACAUAUACCCCACGGCAGCUAUGACGGUACAAAAAGCGCACAGCACUUGAUACAACCACUGACGGAUACCCCGCACCAUGACAACGUGCGGUCAUGUGAUUGCGAGCAAACUACGGAGUCCUCCUGUCCAUCUGCAUGUACAACCCUUCAUAACCUCCGUACCCAUACCCAACUUGAAACUCUUCAUACAGCCAAUCAAGGGAACAAGCCCCAUACAACCAGCCGCAGCUCUCCGCCUAGGCCACCACGCGCACCUCCUCCUCCUCCCCACCCAGCCUCUGCUCCUCCCGCCCCUCCAGGCCCAGCAGGCGACCCAGCCAGCUGUCCGCCAGCCACCCCAUCGGGCCCUCGUGAGGUGGGUGGAUGCUGCUGGCGCGGGUCAGCCGGGUGAAGGCAGCCGCCUGCUGCUGCUGCUCGGCCUCCUGCUCCCCAGCGGCGGCGGGAGGCGGCGGGCACAUGCCGGUCUGCGCGCACACCGCGUCCGGCACCAGGUACUG